GGAAGGUAUUGUGAGUGCACGGUAUCCAUUACCGCUAGUUUUGGUUUUCACUUCCUGGAUCGGCGCUGUCAUCAAGCCGAAAAUGGUCCACACAGAAGCCUUUUCUCGCCCUCUGAGCCGGAAUGAAGUUGUUGGUUUGAUCUUCAGACUGACAAUAUUUGGAGCGGUCACCUACUUCACAAUUAAAUGGAUGGUCGAUGCCAUAGAUCCCACCAGAAAACAGAAAAUCGAAGCUCAGAAGCAGGCUGAGAAAUUAAUGAGACAGAUUGGUGUAAAGAAUGUGAAGCUCACGGAAUAUGAAAUGAGCAUUGCAGCUCAUCUUGUCGAUCCACUAAGCAUGCUGGUGACUUGGAGUGACAUUGCCGGUCUGGAUGAUGUGAUAACAGACCUGAAAGAUACCGUUAUUCUUCCGAUAAAAAAGAAGCAUUUAUUUGAGAACUCAAGACUGCUGCAGCCGCCCAAAGGUGUGCUUCUUUAUGGACCUCCUGGAUGUGGAAAAACACUGAUCGCCAAAGCAACAGCCAAGGAAGCAGGAUGUCGCUUUAUCAACUUGCAGCCAUCCACCCUGACGGACAAGUGGUACGGGGAGUCCCAGAAACUGGCUGCUGCAGUGUUUUCACUGGCAGUGAAGCUUCAGCCAUCUAUUAUCUUCAUUGAUGAAAUUGAUUCUUUCCUUCGGAGUCGUUCAAGUACUGACCAUGAGGCAACAGCAAUGAUGAAAGCUCAAUUCAUGAGUCUUUGGGAUGGGCUGGAUACGGAUUAUAGCUGUCAGGUGAUUGUAAUGGGAGCCACAAAUCGUCCUCAAGAUCUGGACACAGCAAUUAUGAGGAGAAUGCCCACCAGAUUUCACAUCAAUCAGCCGUCUUUGAGACAGCGAGAAGCAAUUCUUAAUCUCAUUCUAAUGAAUGAAAAUGUGGACCUGGAUGUGGAUUUGACGCAGAUUGCGAGAAGUACCGAUAGCUUUUCUGGAAGUGACCUAAAGGAAAUGUGUCGGGAUGCUGCUCUGCUAUGUGUCAGGGAGUGUGUUGCCAGGAGCACGGAGGAAAGUCCCAUUGAGGAGAUACGGCCAAUUCAGCAGCAAGAUCUAAUGAAAGCCAUUGACAAAAUGAAGAAAUCGAAGAAUGCAACCAACCUGGGAGGUUUAAUGCACGUUAGUUUGGACUGAACUCUGUCACCUGACCUCACCCAAGCUAUUAGCUAGAAGGGGACAUGUAAGGGACAAUGCACUAGGAGGGAAGAGCACCAUCCUAAUGGACUUCAGCCUCCACUGCUGGACUCCAGCAUCAAUUCACUAUAAAGUAAAGAGCCUUGCAGAGGGGAAACCAUGCCUCUCUGGUUGUGUUGUGUGAGCUGCUGACAUUGAUUGAAAUGUUUGAAUGAGUAUGUGUCAUGUUUACCUUAUAAGAUUACCAUGUCUGUGUGUGUAUUGACUAGCAGCAUUCCAACAAAGGGACAAAACCAAACCUACAUUGGGCUGCUGUAUACAGUGGCGUGCAAAGGGGAUCUGUACUUAGUUCUUUUUUCAUACUAAAUAACCAGUGGAUAUUCAGUAUUUUUUGGCCAUGAUUUGAUCUAUUGUAAAAUAUGGACGCACUGCAAUACUUUUAUCUUUCAACUACAACUAGGUAAAUCUAAAUGUACAAGUGAGAUUUAAUGUGAACCUGUCAUGUCCACCAAGAUGUGUUAGCUGUCAUUACUGAUGAAGUCCAGGCACCCUGCAAGGG